AUGGAUCUCAUGUUUUAUGAUGGCCUCCCCAGCUGUGCCAUAGCAUGCGCCAAUCGGACCGUCGAUCUGACCCCUUGCGGUCCCAACAACAUCACAGCUUCAUGUCUAUGCCCAGAAGUGGAGUGGCAGCAUGCUUUCGGUGGUUGUGUGAUGAAGGAGUGUCUUCCUUUUGAUGGACUGACUGCUCGCAACGUAACUCUCACGCAUUGUGGGGUUCCACCACGCCAGACUGCAGAAGCUCUCGGAGCAAGCGCAUUUCUACUAGCCUUGACUGUGGUUGUGUUUUGCUUGCGAAUGCUCGCUAAGGCAAUCAGAUUGACACCAUGGGGAGCCGAUGAUAUUACUAUCGUGAUCGGAUUCGCAGCAGCAAUCAUAUUCGGUGUCAUGAAAUUCAUAGGGCGCAGAUUCGGGUUUGGGCUUGAUUUCUGGACACUGAGAUACGACACUAUUGUCGAAUUCAUGAAGAUAUUCUAUGCGUUCGCCAACGUAUACACGCUCGCAAUAGCCGCUCUCAAAGCAACAAUUUUGUUCUUCUACCAGAGAGUCUUUGGCGGGUUCAGCUCGCCGUUCACCACCAUACUGUGGUGUACCCAAGCGUUCAACCUGUUAACGUUCAUUGGUUUCACGAUCCCAACAAUAGCACAGUGUCAACCACUCAGUUUCGCAUGGGAGGGGUGGGAUGGCCGCCAUGAAGGAUUCUGCCUCAAUAUCCUCUCCAUGAUCGUGACUCAUGCAGCUGUCAACAUCGGUCUGGACGUAUGGAUGCUUGUGCUGCCGUCAACCCAGGUGCUUCGGCUGAACUUGAGAUGGCGAGAAAAGGCAGAGAUUUUGGCCAUGUUUGGCAUUGGAAUUUUCAUCACAGCCGUUAGCAUCAUUCGACUUACUGUAUUGUUGAAUCUCCGGAAUUUCGAGAACCCCACACAGGAUGCAUUCUACCUUCACAUCUACGCGACAGCUGCUACGCCACUGGAUCCCAAAAUCAUUUCGAGCCAUAAGGCGAGAGGCACCAAAGAAUAUGGCCCAAGCACGGCCAGGCGAUUCAACGAGGACGCUAAGGAAUACACCAAUUACGGGUCUUAG